AUGAUUUCUUUCAAGGGAUCCGCUGAGUGGCUGCAGCAGCAGUUGUAUUGGUGGCGCUGCAGCGGCAGCACGGAGCACAGCAGCAGCAGCAGCAGCAGCAGCAGCAGCAGCAGCACCAGCGACAAUGGGAACCAGGAGGGCGAGCGUAUGUCUUCUGCUGGUGUGAGGCUGCAGCGAGCUGCUGCUGUGCUGCUGCUGGCCUUCUGUGUACCCCUAUGCACGCCGCUGCUGCUGCUGUUGUGCUGCCCUCUGCUGUUGCUGCUGCUGCCACUGUUGCUGCUGCUGCUGCCGCAGCUGCUGCCCAACGCAGCAGUAGAUUCGCCAAUAAAGGCAGCAGUGGAGGCCUGGCACAGACGCCAGCAGCAGCAGCAGCAGCAACAACAACAGCUGCAGGGACCCCGUCAACAGCAGCAGCACAGCCAACAGCAGCAGCAGGAACCGCAGCAGCAGCAGCAGCAGCAGCAGCAGCCGCUUCAUCUGGUGCUGCUGGUAGUCGGCGACUUUGGGCGGAGCCCGCGAAUGUGUCAGCAUGCUAUUUCUGCGCUCCAGACGCAGCAGCAGCAGCAGCAGCAGCAGCAGCAGCAGCAGCAGCAAGAUCUACAGCAGCAGGAGAAGCAGCAAGUCCUGGUGGGUCCCCCCAUCGUGCAUGUGGUGGCAUUCAAUGAGUCUCCUCUGCCUGCUGCUCUUGCUGCUGCAGCAGAGCAGCAGCAACUGCUGCUGCACCCGCUGCAGCAGCCCAGCAUAGAGCGCAGCCGACGGCGGCUGUGCAGCAGCAGCAUCGGGACGUGCUGCUUCUUGCUGCUGAAGCUGCUGCAGCUGUCGUUGCAGCUGCUGCUGCAGCUACAGCAGCAGCAGCAGCAGCAGCAGCAGCAGCAGCAGCGGCAGCGGGAGUUGUUAGUGGAGAGAAAGGUGCCCGCGGAGCAGCAGCAGCAGCAGCAGCAGCAGCAGCAACAGCAGCAAACCAACGGGACAGUCCUUCAAAGUGCUGUGGCUGCUGUUGAUACUGCUUUUGGUGCAGCAGCAGCAGCAGCAGAAUCAGCAGCAGCAUGGGCAGCAGCAACCUACGCUGCAGGGCGAACUACAUUUCUAACUGCAGCGCAGCAGGCAGCAGCAGCAGCAGAAUUUAAUUUAGGUCGGCUUGCGGAGGCUUCCUUCUGCGUCUCUAAGCGCAUGCAGCAGCAGCUGCAGCAGCAGCAAAUUGCUGCUGAGCUACUCUAUGAUCAGCCCUCAGAGCAGCUGCAGCUGCUGCCUCUCGCAUGCAGACAUCUGAUUGCGGCUUCUUAUUUUCCUAUCAAUGAAGCAGCAGCAACAACAACUGCUGCUGCUGCUGCAAGCUCAGAAGUAGAUACAUCUGCUGCAGCAGGUGCUGCUGCUGCAUCUGAACUGGUGUAUGAUGCCGACGCCGCAGCAGCAGCAGCAGCAGCAGCAACAGCAACAACGAGGGCGAGGUGCUCUCUUCUGGGUUUGCUGAUUCGUGAAUACCCGCAGCAAAUGCAGCAGCUGCUGCAGCAGCAGAAGAGGGGGCACCUGCAGCUGGAGCAGCAGCUGCGGCUACCCGUUUGCUGCACGGAGCCUCCGCUGCGCGGAUGGUUGCAGGAGCUGCAGCAGCAGCAGCAGCAGCAGCAGCUGAAGCGUGAGGUGUAUAGGGAGCUAACGCCAAUCACAGAGCUGAUCGUCUACAGCUGCGGAGGUGCUCCGGGCAGCAGCAGCAGCAGCAUCAGCAGCUGCAGCAGCCGCAGCGACAUCAGCACUGUGGGAAGCAGCAAAGCAGACUUCCACGACUGCAGCAGCAGCAGCAGCAGCAGCAAUAGGUGCUGCUGCUACUUGCAGGUCUCCGUUCGGAAGCAGCGCCCUGCUGUGCUGUUAACCAGCACCAGCUACAGCGCAGAUGAGGAUUUGCUGCUGCUGCUGCAGGCGCUGCAGCAGUACGACGCAGCAGCAGCAGCAGCAGCCGCAGCAGCAGCAGGGGAACAUGGGCAGCAGCAGCAGCUUCCUGAAUUGCUGCUGCUAGUGACAGGGAGAGGCAGCGGCAAGCAGCAAUGGGUUACAGCAGCAAAACAAGCGCGGCUGCAGCACACAUCUAUCUGCUGUCUCUUUGUCUCUCCUGAAGACUACUACAAGUUGGUGGGAUGUGCUGAUCUCGGGGUUUGUCUACACCGCAGCAGCAGCAGCAGCGACCUUCCUUUAAAGCUGCAGGAUAUGAAGGGGGCUGGGCUUGCUGCUGUGGCUCUGUCUUUUGCUGCUCUUCACGAAAUUCUCCCUGAAUGGCAGCAAUUCUCAACGGCUAAGGAGCUCGCCAACAUGCUCGUUUGCCUCUUGCGGGGGUUUCCAGAGAGGUUUGAUUCGGGUGUAUGUACGCAGCUGCAGCAGCAUCCGUCGCUGCUGCAGUGUGUGGGGCCCGGCUUCAACCUGCUGCUGCACUGCAGCAGCAGCAGCAGCAACUGCAGCAGCAACUGCAGCAGCCCUAGAAGCGACAGCAGCGGGGCAUACUUAACAGCAAGCAGCAGCAUGACUCUCCCCUACUUCUCUUGCGGCAGCAGCAGCAGCAGCAGCCUGGACGCAACAGAUGAUGCUGACCGGGUGCAGCAGCAAGAGCAGCAGCAAGAGCAGCAGCAAGAGCAGCAGCAAGAGCAGCAGCAGCAGCAGCAGCGCUUUGCACUGGCAGGCUUCCCCCCUUCUGGCUGUCUGCUCUUCGACUUGCGGCUGCAAGCGGAGCGUGCUAGGGAGAGCUGCAGCAGCAGCAGCAGCAGCAGCAGCAGCUGCAGCAGCGGCUGCAGCAGCUGCAGCAGCAGCAGCAGCAAUAACAAUGAAAAAGGCUACAGGGUCUUCCCUGAGGAGUGGCGGCGUGUAGCGCUGCCAGUCUUGCAAAGACUAUUCCACACCCCCCCCAGAUGCAUGCAGCAGCAGCAGCAGCAGCAGCUGCAGCAGCAGCAGCAUCAGCAGCAGCAGGAGCAGCAGCUGCUGCAGCAGCAGGAGGAGCAUCAGCUGCUGCUUCAGCAACAGGAGCAACAGCUGCUGCUGCUGCAGCAGGAGCAACAGCUGCUGCAGCAGCAGCAGCAGGGACAACAGCUGCUGCUGCAGCAGCAACAGCAGGUGACGGAAAGCAGCCUGCAGCAGCAGGGGGACCACAAUGAACAAGCGGCGCCAGACAGCUAUUUGCUGCUGCUGCAGCAGCAGCAGCCGCUGAUGCUGCUGCAAGAGCAACAACAACAUCAGCAGCAGCAGCAGCAGCCACAGCUGGGCAAGCGUUUGUCUCCUCAAAGCAAUUUAGGCCGCUCAGUAAAAAGGAUAGCAGCUGCAGCAACAGCAGCAGCAACAGCAGCAGCAGGAGCAGUAGCAGGAGGAGCAGCACCUGCAGCAGCAGCAGCAGCAGCAGCAGCAGCAGCAGUGGAAGGAGGCAUAUUAACGACAAGGGCGAGAUCUUGUGGGUAUACUCCUUUUGCUGCUGCUUCUGCUGCUGCUGCUGCUCCGAACUAUGAGGACAGACAGCAGCAAAUAGAUGCUGCACCAGCUGCAGCAGACGUUGUAUGGCACCCGUCAGAAACUGCAUCAGCUGCUGCUGCUGCUGCUUCUGCUGCUGCUGCUGCGGUAGAAGGAGACAAAUGCCUGGGGUUAUACCCCCAAGGAUCAGCAGCAGCAGGACCAGCAGCAGGAAGAGGUGCUGCUGCAGCGGAGUACAAUGAGGCUUCUGCUGCUUUCUGCAUGCAUCCGGCCACUGCUGCUGAAGCAGAACCAGCAGCAGCAGCAGCAGCAACAGAAGCAGCACCAGCAGUAGCAGCAGCAGCAACAGAAGCAGCACCAGCAGUAGCAACAGAAGCAGCAGCAGCAGAAGUUUCUUGCCGCUUCGAGCCUGCGGAUGGAGACCCUCCAAGAGCAGCAGCAAGUGCUGCAGCAGCAGCAGCACCACCACCACCACCAGCGGCAGCAGCUGAUGCAGAAGCAGCAGCGGGAGCAGCAGCGGCAGAGGGAGCAGCAGCAGCGGACGCACAAGAGCCGAGUCUUACACCAUCAGCAGCAGUAGCCGCUGCUGCUGCUGAUGCUGCUGCUGCUGCUGCUGACGAUGAUAAGGCAGUGGAAGACGAUUGGGUGGAGCACUGGCAACGGCCUCGUCGGAGAGCAGCAGCAGCAGCAGCAGCAGCACUAAAUGCUUUAGCAGCAGCAGGAGAGAUCACAGCAGCAGACGCUGCUGCUGCUGCUGCUGCCCCCUUUGAUCCCCCGCCGUCGCUUGCCAGACCCAGAGACAGAGCAGCAGCAGCAGCAGCAGCAGCAUCAGCAGCAGCAUCAGCAGCAGCAGCAGGUAUGCUGCACAGCAGCAGCAGCAGCAGCGGCAGCAGCAGAGGCGUGGAGCUUUGCAGGCGAAGGGCUGCUUCUAUCCAUUCGCUGCGUCUUCCUCGCUUCAUGAACGAUAGAGACAGGAGAGAAGCGGCAGCCUUCAUGGGAGACGCUUUUCAACACCGCCUCCUGGCCACGCCUCUUCUGUCGCCGGAGUCGAUGGCGUUGCUGCGCAUCAACAGGAAGCUGAAUGAUGAAGUCAUAAACUUCUUCUUCUCCAUCCUUCAGAGGCGCAACGACGAGUCACUGGCAAGAGGCGACAUAGUCCCCAAGUGUCAUUUCUUCAACUCUUUUUUUGAUGAGAGGCUAAAGGUAGCUUCCUUUGAGGGCGUCAGCAGGUGGACGAAGAAAGUGGAUUUGUUUGCCUACGAUUUGCUGCUGCUGCCUGUACACCACAAAGAGCAGCAGCACUGGGCGCUGGGGGUUGUAGACUUCCGGGCUGGACGGCGGCGGCUGCGGAUAUACGACUCGGGGUUUGUGGGGGCUGUUUGGUCGGAGUGGUUUGAGCGCAUGCAAAAUUAUCUUCAGCAAGAACAUAUUCACAAAAGGGGUGCUUCCUGCUGCUGA